AUGGUACAAUUCUUGUUUCGGGAUCGGAUUUUGGAUUUGACAUACGGAUUUGAUUCCAUGCAUGAGGCUACAUGGCACAACUCUUGUUUCUGGAUCGGACGACCAAACACUCCGUGUCUGGGACAUUGUCGACGGGAAAUGCCUUCACAUUUUGACUGGCCACUUGGCGGCGAACGAGUUGUAUCUAGUGGCAAUGAUUUUACCGUAAAGGUUUGGAAUGUACACACAGAGGAGUGUUUGCACACGCUGACGGGUCACACGAAAAUGAUCAAUUCUCUUUUGUUUGAGCCGGAGCGCGAUCUUGUCGUGUCGGGUAGUCGUGACGGAACGAUUCGCGUCUGGGAUGUGCGAAGAGGAAUUGGCAUGCAUCGCACAUCUUGUCUGUCUUCAAGAGUUAGGGUUCACGGGUUGCUUUGGGAUGCAGCUUCGCGGAAACAUUUUGGUCUCCUGUUACGACUCGGACGUUUGGAUUUGGGACAUUCG